UGAAUCGAAGAGGAACAAAGCAGGAUUAGGACCACAGCUGAAAUAUUUGGUUACUGAACUUCUCCUCAACACAAGAAGUCUAUACUGGAAGUAGCCUAUUCAUUCAGUUUUCAGAAUGGCUACUAGAGGUUGGUGGCUGGGUUUCUGGUGGCUAGUGCUGAUUGAAGGCCGAUGUGAUGCGUCUAUGCCUCCCUGUCUGAAUGGGAUAAUGAUGAACGUGGUUUUGCUGAAUGACAAUGUCUCUCCAUGGAGUAUGAAGUUUGUCCGUGGUGCUGUGGAGCGAGCAAUUAGACACGACGCUGAACUGUCCUGUGAAGACUGUCUAAACGUGAAGCGCAACCUGACUGCCAGUUUCCGAGGGGUGGAGACAACUUUAUAUACGAACAAAGGCUGCCAAAGUAGCACCUGUGAAGUUGUGGAGACUGUAAAGAACUUAACUGCAAAAUCUGACCAGGGCUGUGUACUGCUUGGGCCCACAUGCACCCACGCUACCUUUCAGAUGGUUGAUCUUGAGGUUGGUCUGAAACUCAGCAUGCCAAUCAUCUCAGCAGGUAGCUUUGCUCCGUCCUGUGACUACAAAGACAAUCUGACCCGAAUACUGCCUCCCGCACGCAAGAUUUCUACAUUCUUCACAAUGUUUUGGAACUUCACAGACAAUAUAAAACCUGUGUGGUCCACAGCCAUCCUUUAUAAGAAGCCAGAGAACACUGAUAACUGCUUCUGGUACAUCAAUGCACUGGGUACACAAUCAGCCCACUCAUUCUUAAGUGUCAAAAAACUCAGAGCUAUAAACAAAGUGGAGGAACUCAGAUAUGAAUUAAACUCCAAAGAUAGGGAAUGCAACUUGUUCAUAAUAUGUGGGACAUCGGAUGAUAUUGUGGAUCUGAAGAAUGGAACUAUCGAGGAUGAUCCCACUGUUGUCUUCAUCCUCAUUGAUCUUUACAAUGAUAAGUACUACACCAAUAAGUCAUCUAUCCCUGCUAUGCAGAAUGUGUUGGUCCUCACCAUGCCCAACACUAGGAACUAUACUGUGGAUUUAGAUGUGGGCGACAAUGUGACGAUGAAUGACUUCAUGGCAGCGUACCAUGAUGCAGUACUACUGUUUGGUCAAGUGAUUAGGAAAAUCUUGAGCAAGCCUGAGUCUGAGCUCGGCAACAUGGAAGUUAUCAACGUCAACAACUUCAGAAACAUCUCCUUUGAUGGCAUCGCAGGUCACUAUGAGCUGGAUGAGUAUGGGGACAGAGAUGUAAAUCUUUCAGUAAUUUACACUACUACUGACAACAAGUAUAAAACUUUAUUCAUAUUCAAUACUGCCCACAACUGCACCAAGAUCGUCGACAAUGAGCCGUCCUUUAUCUGGGGUAGACGGCUCCCAAGUGACACUCGAUCCAAGGAUUUGGAUAACCCGUACAUCACUGUAUUUGUCCUAAGUGUCACUGUGGUGGUGGUGGCCACCAUUGCUUUCAUCUUCUACAGGCAAAACAAGAAAAACCGCAAGCUGAGAAAGAAAUGGUCUCACAUUCAAUCUGACCUCAUCACCCCGCUGGAGUACAACGAACGCAGCCUGGUCUCCCUAAAGAUUGAGGAGGACCACAGGAAAGACAAAAGUUACAAAAUCCGCAGGGGACGGUACGAUAAAAAGAUUGUGAUCCUGAAGGAGCUGAAGCACACUGAUGGAAACUUUAAUGAGAGUCAGAGGAUAGAGCUCAACUUGCUUCUACAAAUUGACUACUACAACCUAACUAAGUUCUAUGGCACAGUCAAGUAUGAUCAUGGUGUAUUUGGGGUGUUCGAGUAUGGCGAGAGGGGAUCCCUAAGGUAUGUGCUGAAUGACAGGAUCUCAUACCCGGAGGAGACAUUCAUGGACUGGGAGUUUAAGAUCUCUGUCAUGUAUGACAUUGCUAAGGGUAUGUCCUACCUCCACUCCAGUGACAUCCAGGUCCAUGGACGUCUCAAGUCCACUAACUGUGUGGUAGACAACCGUAUGGUGGUCAAGAUCACUGACUUUGGCUGUAACACCAUUCUAAACCCAAGCCGAGACCUGUGGACAGCUCCAGAACAUCUGCGUAGACAGGGUAUCUCCCAGAAGGGGGAUGUCUACAGUUUUGCCAUCACUGCCCAGGAAAUUGUUCUCAGGAAGAACACAUUCUACACCGAAGCCUGCUCCCACCGUGCUGAGAAAUUGUCCAGAGUGCAGUUCCCCGGCAUAACACCCCAUUUCCGACCUGACCUGAAUUUUGAAACUGCAGAUGAAAAGGAACUGGAGGUGUACAUGUUGAUAAAGAACUGCUGGGAUGAGGACCCAGAGCGACGGCCUGACUUUAAGAAGAUAGAGAGCUCAUUGGGGAAGAUAUUUAGUAACCUGCACAAGCAGGCUAAUGAGAGCUACAUGGACAACUUGAUUCGUCGUCUACAGAUGUACUCCAGGAACUUGGAGCACCUGGUGGAGGAGAGGACGGCACUUUACAAGGCUGAGAGGGACCGGGCCGACUUCCUCAACUUCAUGCUGCUACCUGGUCCUGUAGUGCGUUCUCUGAAGGAGACAGGCAUUGUGGAGCCGGAGCUGUUUGAGGAGGUGACAGUGUACUUCAGUGACAUAGUGGGCUUCACCACCCUGUGCCAGUACAGUACCCCCAUGGAGGUGGUGGACAUGCUCAACGACAUCUACAAGGGCUUUGACAGAAUCCUCGAUCACCACGAUGUAUACAAGGUGGAGACGAUAGGGGAUGCAUACAUGGUGGCUUCAGGGCUGCCACGGCGGAACGGGAACAGGCAUGCCGUGGACAUAUCCCGAAUGGCCCUGGACAUCCUGGAAUUUAUGGGGACCUUCCAGCUCAGACACUUGCCAGGGCUACCUGUGUGGAUCCGUAUUGGUAUACACUCAGGUCCCUGUGCAGCAGGAGUGGUUGGGAUAAAGAUGCCCAGAUACUGCUUGUUUGGAGACACAGUGAACACUGCCUCUCGCAUGGAAUCAACAGGACAUCCCCUGAGAAUCCACGUGAGUCAACCCACCAUCAACAUCUUACAGAGGACAGACUGCAAGUUUGAGUAUGAAAAGAGAGGCGAGACUUACCUUAAGGGUAAAGGCAGUGAGUUGACUUACUGGUUGACAGGUGAAACAGGAGAGGACUACAAUCUGCCAACACCACCAACAGCGGAGAACUGCCAGCGUCUUCAGCAGGACCUUGCCCAGAUGAUCCAGGAGUGUUUAGAGAACCGCUCGCUGGGGUCAGAGGUCAUGGAGAAGAGGAAUACCCUGUCUGUGCGGCACAGAAGAGUGGGGAGGGACAGAGGGGAGCAGGGGUGGGAGGGAGAUACUAAUGAUGACCAGCCAGAGUACCUUCAUCUGGCUACCAUCGACAACUUUAGUACAUUCCUGUAGUGAUUUUGACAAAUAAUCAAGGGGUUUUUAUUUAAAUAGUGUUCCACUGACAUAGAAGUCUUCACCCAAGUCCGUCAAUCGCUCUUUAUAAUCUCUCUCUCCCUUUAAUAGAAGAUUUAUGUAACAACUUAAAUCACAGGCACAGAUCGCAAACCAUGACUGUGGUGCGUUUUGGGAGAGGCGCAAAUCUGUAGACCAAAUAAGUAUCAUUUUAAAACUUCCCCUUUGUGGUGAACCAUUAGGUUAUGUCAAGAACAAACAUAACCGUUUGCACAGUACAUCACCAAUAGUGUGACCAGACCUCACACUAACAACAGCACCUGUAAAGCAGACUGAUGGGGUGUCUUUCAUUUUGUUGUUCUGUGAAAAAAUGUCUGGUAUUUUAUUAUUCUUAGACAGUACAGUAGCAAGGAGAAGCUAGGAAAACAAGUUAACAGAGGGAAAGGAAAGAUAAAGGACACAGACAGUUGGCAAAGCCAGGGUUCAAACCCUUGUAACAAGGGACCAUUUGCAGUCCAGAGUCAGGAGACUAGACCACUACACCUGACUGUGAUGUUUCUUUUAAAGCAGAAUGUAGGUUCUGUCUGAUGGACUUCCACUUGAGUAAAAGCGUGAAUGAUGUAGAAAACAUCAGUGAACACAACACUUAGCCGCUGAGUGAACUGUGUGGAAUAUUUGCAAUCAAGAUGUAAUUAAAACCACUCCUCUUCAAACUUGUAAUUGUAUUUCUAAAGGAGAUUUGACAGUGAUCGUUAAGGUCCCAGAAUGCAUGCAACUUGAACAGCAUACUCCAGUAACCUAGAGAGGCUAACGCUAGCUGACUUUACCACAGGACAGAAAAACAGCUAGCUAGCUAUUAUCAUUGUUUGAGCUAGAAACCAAUUAAAUGGAAUUUAGCUGAGACUAUGUAAUUACUGGGACUUAACAAGAGCCCCCAGGUUUAAUCUUUGAUAUAUUUCGUAUUGUAAUUGUUACUGUUUGGACUGCUACUGCUCUUACACUUUUUAAGCUAGAAACGCUAUUCAAACUUUAAAUAGUGUUAAUCUUUUUUUAAACACCUUAUACUUAAAAAAUAUAUUUUACUUCUAUUACACUUUGAAAACUUCUGUUGACUUAAAUGGGAUAUUACCAGAAUCUCUCUCUCUUGAAACUUGUGAAAUACAGAGAACAAAACAAUUUUGUUACACAUGCUGAGGCUAUCACAUCUUCCAGUGCUUUGGGUUUUAAUGACUAUGACAACAUAAAUGUGCAUACAUAUGCAUAAUUACAAUUAGUUAACCCUAAAACAAUCUCUUGAACCAUUCAAGCUAGA